AUGCAGCGCGAAGACAAACAAUUGGAACUGGUGCUUGAAAACUUCCAGAGUAAGUUGAACGAGUUCAAAGCUCAGAUAUACGCUCUUAUAUUCAAGUUAGAACACGAACGAGACAAUGUCAAUUGGACGACAGUACUUGAUACUUUUGCUGUGUUCUCAACACAGUACACUGCCAUCAUGAAGUAUCUUUCUUACGAGAAACUUCCACAGUUGCGUAACUACAGUGUUCUGCCACUUAUGUUGAACCCAGAGCGCGAUGAAGAUCUCGCUCGCAUCACUGAAAAUCGAGUACCAGCCCUGUCCCACGAUAUUGUACCCGAUUUCUUGCGUACCAAAACCGAACCAGAAGUGGAACACAAACUCAUGCAGGUUGAACACAAGGCUGGUGGUUUACAAUUUGAAACAGCACAAAAACAGCUGGCAGCGUUCAACAAGGUAGUUAAUCAUGUGCUGGACCUUGUUUCUAAAGCCAGAGAAGAAUGGGAAGUGGAAACUGGAGCUCGUGUUGGUAUCGGCCAAACCUCAUCAGUUGCAGACUUGCAUACACUUGUGUCCGCUGUAAGUAUGGGUAAAAAUUUGAAACCGAUGGUUCCACAAGUAUCUCCUGGUGGUAUGAUGGUGCCCCCUACUGGUAGACCAGUUACUCCUAGCAUGGGGCCAAAUACACCACCAAUGGGUAUGAUGCCCAAACCACCUCCUGGAAUGAAGAGUAAUGUAAAGGCUGCUGGAGCACCUCAUCCAUAUCGAUAA